GUUACACACUAAUACAUAACCUAAAUAUGUCCUUAUAGAGGAUUGAAAGGACAACAAGGUACAGUCAAGGGCAACCUUACUUAAAUCUUAAUUAUUUCCUCUACUACUUUGCUCACUUCAACAGUCAGAAUUCUUUCUAUAUAAAGCACCACGUCGACAAAUAUCUAGAGCACACUGUAUAGCUAUUUAUUUGAUCUAUUAAUUAAGUUCUGUCAUUAAUUUUCUACAAGAUCAGCACUGAAUUUCAGUAUAGCAUGUCAAGUAUAAGCAUUCCUUCAUCUUCCGUGGUCAAGGUUGCACCAUCAAUAAGAUCCUCCACCUUUACCAAACCGCGAUGUUCAUUGGGUUCCGUAAAGAGUAUUUCCAAAGCAUUUGGCUUAAAGUCCUCACCCUCGUUCAAAGUUUGUGCAAUGGCAGCAUACAAGGUGAAACUAAUAGGUCCUGAUGGCGAGGAGAAUGAAAUUGAAGUGUCCGAUGAUCAAUACAUCCUCGAUGCAGCAGAGGAAGCUGGUUUGGAGCUGCCUUACUCGUGCAGGGCUGGCUCGUGUUGCACUUGUGCAGGACAGUUGGUUUCGGGUUCAGUUGACCAAUCCGAAGGUGCAUUCCUCGACGAUGAUCAAAUGGAGAAAGGUUAUUUGUUGACAUGCAUUUCGUACCCGAAAUCGGACUGUGUUAUUUACACACACAAGGAGGCAGAAGUUCAUUGAAUUUUGUUUAAUGUGUUCAUUCUGUUUUAUUAAGGCAACAAAAGAGUUAGAAAAACUUCUUCCAGAAAAGGGGAAUAGGAAAAUAAGAAACCAUAAAGAAACAGAGUUGUUCUGCAUAAACUUAUGUUCGUGGUCCGGUCCUUCCCGGACUCCACACAUAACGAAAGCUUUAAUGCACUGGAUAACCUUUUUAUGUUUAUAUAAGUUGAUGUGUAUUACUUCCACUUGUAUUGCUUACUUAAUUGAUCAUCCAUUUUGGUCA